AUGAGUUCAACGACAACGGAAUUGAAAUUUAUUAAUGAAUCGGAAGAUUACGAGAGCCGCGAAAAACUGCGAGAGAGUUUACGUAAUAUUCCCGCAGACAAAGUGCCAGCAGUUCAGGUCCCUUUUCCACCAGAUGUCGAUCCAAAAGAUUUAAUACGACGUGAUCCAAGUGGAAUUUUACGAGCACGCGCGACAAAUAAAUUCUUGAUAUAUCGAAGUCAAUAUGCUAAAGCUUUGAAAGCAAAGGGUUACUGUAUAUCAAUGCGAACUGUCUCAGCUUUGGCGUCAAAGUCAUGGCAAAAAGAACCCAGAAAAGUUCAGCGUAAAUAUGAAGAAUUGGCCAAAGAAGUGGCAAAAAUUCGUGAAGAAAUUAGCACUAUGUCGUCAGCCGAGUUGACAAAUGAGAGAAGAGAGAUGCCAUUUGAUAGCGCAAGAUACCAUCCUAGCAACAUCAUAAAUCCAAAUAAUCCGAGUUUAAUAGGUUUGAAUCCUCAAAUCGAAUAUGGGCACAAUAAUGCAGGUUUUCCAUGUGAAUAUCAAACCCAACAAUUUUUGCCACACAAUUACCCCUUCUCGUACGAUAUUAUAAGAAAUUGUUUAAAUCCGCUCGAUACUUAUCUGGAUCAAUCAGCGACGAUUCAACAACCAAUUUUCUCGCCGGAGCAGCAGCAAGUUGAGGUUUCCUGUUUACCUAAUGAACAAUAUGUUUAUUGGAAUGUAAUGAACCUAAAUCAAAAUGCUGGUUCCUUUUACAACACAUCCCAAUACUCAUAA